UCCACUUCGUCACUUCGUUUAAGUUCAUUAGUUUCUCGAGCCUUCCGAUUGACGUACGUUUUCUUGCAUUUCUAUUCGUGGAUCCGUCGUAAGAGGUUCGGCCAUCCUCUCAAACUCUCAAGGAUCCGAUUAUCUCGGGCUUGAAUGUCAGCCAACCUGGGGCUCUUAAACGAUGUUCAGUUACGGUUCCUUUGCCCAGAUGAUGUUGAGGAAGUUAAACGACUUUGUCGAGAAUGGUUCCCUAUCGAAUAUCCAGACUCGUGGUACAAGGACAUAACAUCAAGCCCUAGGUUCUUCUCUCUAGCAGCUACUCACUGUAAAGAAAUCAUUGGUCUAGUAGUGGCAGAAGUAAAGCCUAGAGUGCUUUGUAAUAGAGAGGAUGCUGGUAUCCUUGAUUACAACUAUAAAGAAAAUUAUCAUGUUGCAUAUAUCCUUAGUAUAGGAGUCGACAAAAAUUAUAGAAGACGGAAAAUAGGUUCUCUAUUAUUGGACAGCCUCAUCUCUAACCUUACCACUCCAGAACAACAGAACUGCAAAGCAAUAUACUUGCAUGUGUUGUCGUCUAAUACUGCAGCUAUUAGAUUCUAUGAAACCAGAUGUUUUAAAAAAUUCAGUUACCUACCCAUGUACUAUGCUAUUAAUGGUGCGCACCGUGAUGGAUACCUGUAUGUGCUGUACGUCAAUGGUGGGACCCCUCCUUGGACAUUUUCUGAUACUAUCCGAUAUGCAACAUCCAGGUUGAUUAGCCUCAAGCCAUGCAAGAUACCAUUGUACAUUCUCACAUCCCUCUAUGACUGGCUAAUAUGGUUCGCUCCUGUCCAGAGCGUACGAGAUUCCUGCGUCAGGACAAUGUGACUAUCUAAUCCAGUAAUCAUUUUUUAUACACAUCUACAACAUGAUGGACACGUCGGCGUCGUGGGAUGGUACCUCUACUAUCAAUAUCCUUUUCCAGUUUUUUAUUUUAUUUGAUGUUUCAGAAUUUUCCGAUUUUGUGUCAUUUGUUAUUCCCUUGAGUAUCUUUACUUAGUUUACCAGUAAUGCUUCAGUAGUAAGAUUAACUAAAUGAAAAGUCUCGUGAAGUAAUUUCGUAGGUCCAUCAAACUUAUGUAAGUGGUCUAACUUAUGAAAUAGACAAAAAUUAACUGGACCUUAGGUUAAUAGACCUCUCUACCUUGUGCRUAAUGCUUUCCCAUUUCAGACCACAUGUUGUUCUCUAGAGUAUCAUCUUGUUUAACAGUUGCCCAUGAGAAGACACACAAAUAUGCGUACGACUCAAACAAAGAAUUUCAUUCUCAUGAGAUUAUGACACUCGGUCAUUACAAGGUAAAGAAGUCUAUUAAGCCGGUGUUUCUAGUUUUUCUCACUUUAAUGGCAAAAACUUGAAAUGAAUAAAAUAGACAAACAAAAAACGUUUUAUUAAAGCAAAGCUAUCCAAAGAAGGAGUGAUGAAUGGUCAUUCAAAACUCAUUUUCUCCGAAAAAUUUACUACAAUUCAGAGACACUUCAGUCUAACUAUUUACUAUUUGACGAAGAAUCUGUUUAAAUUAAAGUACUAGCCUCAUAAUAAAUUAACAAGUCUUGCAUUGACCAUUGAUCACGACUUGCAUGGAAACAUUAGGAUUUAGGUUGAUUUCAGUAAACUAACAAUUUACACAAGAUGUUGUGCAUGUGCAGUGUUCUUACCAGGCYGCGCCAUUGCGGGAUUCGCGCAUAAAAAUCAGAAAUGGCGCACAAAUGUCAAAUCUAUGCGCCCCCAAGGGCGCAUGAAUUAUCCAAAGAAUACUUCCUGAUAGUUUUAAAAGAUUUAGAGUACUUUUGAAAUAAUAAAAGUCGCAUUAUAUUGUCAAUAAACAAGGUGAAAGUCCA